UCAAAAGCAACGACAGAGAAUGAGGGAAUUGCACAGCUAUCCCCCAUAAAGAGAAGAAGACUUGUGCAAGUCAAGAAUCAGGAAAGCAAAAGCCCGAACUAGCCGAACAUGGAUCCCUCCUCCUACGUCAACCACCAUCACCACCACCACCACCAACAAAACAACCACACCAGGUACGCCCCUCUCUCUCCUCCUCUUCACCUUCUUUCGCCUCCCCCCUCCCCCCUCCCCCCUCCCCUUCCCCCUCAUGCUCCACCCUAUCAACAAAGUCCUAACAAUCUGUACCCUUCCCGCUACCACGUUCCUCCACCUCAGCCUCCGCCACAACUUGCUCCACCCCCUCCUCCACCACAACAGCCGCAACAGCAACCAUAUCACCCUCUCCCUGCCCCACCACCUUCAGUGCAGCGUCAGCAGCAUCCUAAUCAUCACCCUUACAACCCUCAACAUCCUCAAUACACUUUCAAUCCAAAUUUCAAUUCUAACCCUAAGCCUAACAAUGUUUCCCACCAAUUCCACGAUUUUCCUCAACGGCGGGUGCCCGAAUUCGAUACCCGGCCUGAAUACUGGCCCGAUAAUCGGGCAUCCAGGCCCCAUUCCGUUUCCAGUUUGGAUCGGGAGGCCCGUUAUCAUCAGUUCGAUCGGAGACCCGCCUCUUUGGCGGUUGACAGGUAUAGACAUGAUGUAGAGGGAAGUUCUAGGUAUAGAGCUCUCGAGCUGAAUCUGAGAGAAAGACCGGAACUUGGUAGGGUUCACAGUGAUAAUUGGAUUCCCGAUAGAGCUUCUAGGGAUUUUGGGAUUGUUUCGAUGGGAUUUGAAUCAAAUUCGAAUAAUUCAGGCUUUUGUCAUAAGGUUGCUGAAAAUGUGAGAUGGGGUUCACGUUUACUUGAUCAGUUGAUUGAUAAUGGAAAUAAUGAGAUUAAUGAAAGAGAUGAGAUGAGGGUUUUCUCGAGGAAAAUUGAUUAUUAUCAGGAAUCAGAAUUGGAGAGGUUUAGUGAUAGGGGAAGUAGUAGAGAGGAUAGCCAUGAGUUUAAUCGGGCUCCAAGGAAGCAAAUACAGAAAAAGAGUGCUUUACUUAGGAUUCAAAAGGCACAACAGAAUCAUAGGAAUAGGGAAGAUGAGAGAUCACAUUAUAUGGGCUAUAAUAAUGAAGGGAAAACUGGUUCUUUUAGAGGAAAAGAUUUGGUCUUACAUUCGGAUCAUGGGUUGGAAGAAAGAGAGAGAAAAGUUAGCCCUGUAGAGCUUGAUGUGUCUUUUAAAUCAAAUUCAUUGGUGGCUAAGGCAAUUGUGGCUCCUUCUAGUUCUUCACCGGUUUCUGAUUUGAAUGUGAAGCCUAGGACUAGCAAAAUUAGGAAAGUUAUGAUAUUUGACAAGGCCAAUGAGAGUAGGGCAAAAUUAGAUGUUUCUACUUCUGUAUUAAAUAGUGGUUCUGGUUCUGAGGACUCUAAGCAGUCUGCGGGAAAAGUUAAAUCUUGUGGUAUUGGUAAUGUGCAUGAUGGUGUUACAAAGCCUAGUUCAAAAAGGACCAAUGUUUCGCUUAGAAACGGUAAGUUCGAAAGAUCUUGUAAGGUUACUGUAAAAUUGGAUGAUUUGACAUGCGUUACUGAAGAGACCCCAAUUACUGACAAGAAACCAGAAUCAUUGGAGGGGAAGGGUACAAUUCCUUGUAUUGGUAAUAUGAGGGAUGGUGGGUUGCAAACUUGUUCUGACAGGGCCAAUGUUUCAGUUAGAGAGAAUAAAGUGGAAGGUACACUUAAAAGCACUCUUUCAGAUAAAAGUGGUGCUAGUGUUGGUAAACCAUCCUCUCUCAAAGCUACCAAGAAGAAAAAAAUUGUGAGGAAAGUGGAGAAAAAGGUUACCAAUUCUCCCUUGAAUUUGGCAAAUUCAAAAUCACCAAAAAGUUGUGAUCAACCUGUUAAGGCAGAUACCUCUACUUAUUGUUUAUCUGCUAUCUCUGUGGCUGACAAGAGUGUUACACCUCCUAAAAUGAAAAUUGCUUCUGCUGCUGGGUGUUCAGCCGGUGCUGUUGGUUUGGAGUGUUGUCCUAAAGAAUCAGCUCUGCUUCUUGAAUAUGAGAAAGUGACUGGAGCAUCAAAAGACGUAGUCUCAAAGGAAGUUGGCACUGACGUUGAUCCAGGUAGUUCAGUUGCACCUAAGAUUAAGAGAAAGAGGAACAGCUCAACUUUGCCUUUGAGGUCUUCAGGUCAUGAAGAGAGUAAAGUUGAUCAGCGUUUUGUUAAUUCUGAUAAUUCUGUCUUUGGCCUGCGUAUUGUUUCAAAUAUCAAGGAGGACCGUACUGAAACACUAAAUGAAAGUAUUACAUCUCGCGCUUUUAGUGUUGAAGAUAUUGACAAACAGUUUUACCAUAGUGAAAGUAACAAUGAUGGCUUGUUAAGAUCUGAGGACAUCAAUGUCCAUGAGGAUAUUGUUGAUAUAGGUAGCUCAUCUGUUGCAAUGCAUGGCACCCCUGGUUUUGAAUGUGGUUCAUCUAACACCCAGGAGAUAAAUAUUGCUUGUGACAUUGGCAAUGUGAAUUCUGGUAGCAAGCAGGCUUGUGCUACUGCUGGCAAUCCAGUAGUUGAGGAUGGUACUACAGGGAGAUUGCCGGAAGCUAAUUGUUCUGCAGGAAGCAACAAAAUGCCCCAUUUGCCAUGCUCAGAGGAAACUCAAAUUAACAGUGGUUCUAUUUAUGCAGACUGCUCCAACCAUAACAGAAGUACAAUCCACACUCCUGAUAUUGGUUAUGUUAAUUCAGGGGAGAGCAACUGUGAAAUAGGUGAUGAUUUUGUUAAACACCUUGUCUCUUCCACGCUGUCACUUGGGAAUUGUGGAGCAGAAAGAAUCCCCAAUGCUGCGGAAUCACCAGAAUGCACUGCAGGAUCUGCAGAUGUGCUUACCUCUGCAAAUUGUCUGGACACGACAAUAAUUACAUCUGGCGUAAAUUCCGCUCCUCCUGAAGUUAUGGUUAGUGAUUUUGGGUGGCUUGAUACCUUCCGAGAGGUGAGUGCUAGUGCAGAUGGAAAGUCUCCAGAGAACAAAAAGAGAAAAAUCUCUACCUCCAGUUCUGAUGUGACUGCAUCUGUAAUCAACGAGGGUGUUGCAGUUUCCAAUAUCUCUAAAUCUGCUGUACAACUACCUUCCAAUUUUACUGAUGAUCAAUUGCAAUUGGAACAGGCAGUUAAAGUAUCAAGCAUAGAUGGUCUUCAUAAGGAGGGGAUUGAUUUAUUGCUUGUAAACAGUUCAGUGGUUGGACCUUCUCAGGCUGUUGGCUUUUUUAGAGAUGCGUACAAGAUUAAUCACCCAAGGAUUGAUCCUUGUUCAGCUUUUAUUGAGUCAGUUGCUCCAAGUUCCCCAUGCCUUCAUCUGUUAAAGUUGGGAGGUGACCAGUUAUCAACUGCAACACAAGUUUCUGCUCAAAAUAAUCAUCAAAUUGUUGCUAUGGAUAUUGAAGGUGAUGACAGGGGAAAAGUGCAUGUGGGUACUGCAGAAGAGCAAAAAUUUAUUUCUAGUGAGGUAAGUCAAUGCAGAAUUACUCCAGAACAUAUGUCUUCGAGCUUAGAUCAGAGGUUGCCUAGCACAGAUGUGGAAGAUGACAAUCAUAUUCCUCUGAAGGAUGAUUUACCUUCUGCAUUGAUUUCUUUGGUUUUUGGUGUUGAUGCCAAUGAAGUUUCUGCUACCAACUCCAAUGAUGAAGUAAUGCCUGCACCUGAUAUAGUAUCUGAUGUGGGUUCUCCUUAUAACCAUGAUAACUUUGUUAUAAGCGCAUCAACUUGCAAAGCACCUCUCUGCCAACAAUCAGAAAAGCAGGCUUUUGGUGAUGAAAAAUUUUCAGAUGAUAAGCCUAUGGCUGAAGGUGCUGGCAACAUAUCUGCACUUGUGUCAUAUUCACAGCAUAGCAGAACUAUUUUGAAGUCAAAUGAUGCAAUUCAAACCAAUCAAUCAGUUGCUGGGAAGGAAGUUUUGUUACCAUCACAUGAUUCCAAAAAUACUAAUUUCCCCAAUUCCAUUAGUGGAGCAACACGUAGGAGGAAAAACCCUCUUAGCCAUGUUGUUCCCAAGAGUUAUCCUACUCGCUCAUCAUUUGUUUUUUCUGCUUCCAAGAAUACAACACCUUCUACCAAUAUCACAAAGCCCCGGACAUGGCAUCGAACCAAUAAUUCUUCUGCCUCUCCUCUAUCGGGAAAUAAACCUUCCUCAAGUGCCAAUCCUUUGCAAAGGCAGAUGCCAAAAAAGGCUGCAUUUUUUCAAAGUCCUUCUUACAUUCGUAAAGGUAACAGUCUUGUCAGAAAACCUGUUGCAGUUCCUGCUCUUCCCCAGGGGCCUCAUUCUUUGAGUUCAUCUGUUUACCGGAUGAACCCCGGGGUUGUGGAUGAAGUGAAGAAGGGCACAGGACCCAAUAGUAGAGUUGGUGCUGUUGACUUGAGAACAGGAGGUGCAAAUGCCUCUUUUGAGAGGCCCACAACACCCCCUUUAUCUAGUGUCUCCAAAGUACCAAAUUGUACAUCAAACUCACCAGGAGAGUGUACAUCUUCCCCAUUAGCAGAGCCUUCUAUUAGUGAUUGCUGUGAAACUGCAAUAAAUCAUGCCAGUUCUAUGGAAAUUAAUGAUGUGCUCAAUUCCCCAGAGGAUGGACUGAAGACUUUUGAAACUCUAAAUCAAAAUGGUUCAGUUAACAAUUUGGAAGAAUGUACCGAGCAAAGUGAAAGCAACUUGGUCCCUUCAAAUGCAAAAAGGUUAACAUAUGUAAAGCCAAAAUCAAAUCAGUUGGUUGCAACUUCAGAAUGUGGUCGUACCUCUAUUCUCAAUGCUGAUAAGAAUCAAAACUUUUCUGCUCCCUCUGAUGGCUACUAUAAGAAAAGCAAAAACCAACUAAUUAGGACUGCACUUGAGAGUCACAUCAAGCAGGCAGUUACCAUGUCCGACAACAAAACCAAUUCAGUGGGACAAGUGGCUGCUAAGGUUAUGCCCAGUAGAACUGUUGGUAAGAGGCAAUCUAAUAAAGUUGUAGGAAAGACCCAUAAACCUUCCAAAUUCUCUCUGGUCUGGACUCUGCAUAGUGCAAGGCUUUCAAAAAAUGAUGGCAAUUCACUACGUCGUCCAAAGGUCCUUCCUCAACUGUUUCCUUGGAAAAGAAUGACAUACUGGAGAAGCUUUAAGUUAAACUCAGUUUCUUCCUGCAAUAGUUCUUUGUCUACAAUCAGUCGAAAGAUGCUGCUAUCAAGAAAGAGAAAUACUGUUUACACCAGGUCAAUUAAUGGAUUUUCAAUUAGGAAAUCAAAGGUGUUUAGUGUUGGUGGUUCUAGUUUGAAAUGGUCGAAAUCCAUUGAAAGGAAUUCGAGGAAAGCUAAUGAGGAAGCUACACUAGCAGUUGCUGAAGCAGAAAGAAAGAAAAGAGAACAGAAGGGCACUGUUUCUAGGACAGGCAAAAGAAGUUACUCUUGUCAUAAGGUUGUUCAUGGUACUGAACUUCGGCCAGGCGAACGUAUAUUCCGCAUUGGUUCAUUGCGCUACAAAAUGGAUUCUUCAAGGCAUUCCCUUCAGAGGAUAUCAGAUGAUGAGUCGUCAUGCUCCAGUGAUCACCUAUCAGAAAACAGUACCAAAAAAACUUAUGUCCCAAGGAGAUUAGUGAUUGGGAAUGAUGAGUAUGUUCGAAUUGGCAAUGGCAACCAGCUUGUUAGAGAUCCAAAGAAACGCACUCGUGUUUUGGCAAGUGAGAAAGUUCGAUGGAGCUUGCACACUGCUAGGUUACGAUUGGUUAAAAAGCGGAAGUACUGUCAAUUUUUCACAAGAUUUGGAAAAUGCAACAAAGAUGAUGGAAAGUGUCCCUAUAUCCAUGAUCCCUCCAAAAUUGCUGUAUGCACAAAAUUUCUCAAGGGUCUAUGUUCAAAUCCCAACUGCAAAUUGACUCAUAAGGUCAUUCCGGAAAGAAUGCCUGAUUGUUCAUAUUUUUUGCAAGGUUUGUGCACAAAUGAAAAUUGUCCUUAUAGACAUGUACAUGUGAAUCCAAAUGCCUCUACUUGUGAAGGAUUUCUUAGGGGCUAUUGUGCUGAUGGUAACGAGUGUCGGAAGAAGCACAGCUAUGUCUGUCCCAACUUUGAAGCAACAGGGUCCUGUCCUCAAGGAUCUAAAUGCAAGCUUCACCACCCCAAAAACCAAAGCAAGGGAAAGAAAAGCAAAAGGUCAAUUAAACAUAACAAUGCUCGCGGGCGAUACUUUGGUAUUGACAUGUUGGCGCCUAAAAGAAUGGUGCCUGAAAGCCACCGGGCACUAGAUGAUGAUGACGUGUUCUUUGAUGGGAAAUUCUCUGAUUACAUUAGGCUUGAUGUUAGAGAUGAUGAUGCUGGGGAAAUUCAUCAAGUGAUGAAUGAUCAAAUGACCUUUGGUGACAAUGAUUCCUCAGAUUUACGGUUGGAUGAUCUUGAUGAGUUAAUCAAACCUAUUCGGAUAAUGAAUAUAAAGAUGGCAGAAUCAUUUCUGGUUAGUGAAGGUUCAAGUGUUAAGCAUGCGGCCCUGCAAUAGAGGAAUUGAAUAUGCUAUGCUGUAUAUAGGGUGAGCAAAUUUUCAUGUAUAUUGGCUUUCUGCCGCUGCAGAAUUAUUUGGUGUUCAUAGGCUCUCUCAUUUUUUUCCUUUUUUCUUUAGUUUUAAUUUUCCUUUUUUUUUUUUUUUAUGGCGAUACCUUUUGUAUUAUGUACCUUGUAACAGAAGAGGAAUUGAAUAUGCAAUGCUGCAGAAAUGAAAUGUUAAAGAAGUUUGAGGAAAUAAAAUUUUUGUUCUGAUUUUUGUCA